UACAUGUAUAUUCUUACUCACGGUUGCGCUUGCUAUUAUUAGUUCCUAGUCACCAGAGAGUAGAGUAUAAGCUUCUGUGUAUUAUACGGUGAAAUAACACGCUUCGAAAGUGCGACUGCUGUUCAGCUCCAGGGUGCCGGAUCCAUUGCAAUAACAAAUCACCAAGCUCAUAGAUGCGUUGAAUUAUAACUAAUAAUAUCAUCCGUGAAAAUGUACACGUGUGAAGGAUAUAUAAGCAGACGUAUUUAGUGCUAUAAUAAUUUUGCUGCUGAUAAUAAAUUUUAUACACGUAUGUGAGGCAUUUUACUAAUUCAAUCCGAAUCGCCUAAUCCGCCUAAUCUGUGAAGAACGUGAAGUAAACGUAGAUGAGGGAUGCCGUUCUGCAAAAACGGAACAGUAGCAUAGCCACCCCAAAGACGAAACCAACUAUUCAAAUAUAUCGCCCUCCAGGUGUCAGAGCGGACGGAACGACAAGCAACACCGUUAAUCCUAACUUGAAUCCUCACGCCAAGGAGUUUACAAUGAAGCAAAACGAUCAUACACAUCCUUCCAAAAGUCACGGCACGAAUGCAGAACGACCCCAUUCGCUGUACAACCUUCAGCACAGUAAAUCGAGCGGAAACAUCCACCGGUACCUCUACGCACAUCAGCAACAACAGCUCCAGCAGCAUCAGCACCCUUCUUCCUUCCAUCCUCAUCAGCACCACCAACACCUUCAUCACCAUCCUCAGGGUGGUUAUCACGUCGGGGUAGCAGGAACCAUGCUGCGCCAGCCACAUGCUCUCAAUACUUCUGCCUCCAGUGGUAACAUCACGCACAGUUCGAGUCGGGUACACUUCAGCGUGGACCAGACAGAUUCGAAAAACACGAGUUCCGGGAGGCCGGGAAAGCUGGUCAAGUCCUCGUCCUUCGUAUCGACGUACGGCUUGAAGCGUUCGAAAAGUUUGAACUCGGCUGACGCCUUGGCGGCGAAAGCUUUGACGAUCUCAGACGCCUCGGAACUCGGCCGAUUUCCUAUCGGUGUUCAGGACAACCUUGUCAAAGCGAUUGACGAUCCCAAUCUCCUUAACUCUCGGGCCCUCAUGGAACUAGUACGACACAUUCUGGACAGAGUUGUUGAAAAUCGUCGGUACGCAGAGCCGGCAGCAAAGCUUUGCAUCACGAUAAUCGAGAAAGAAGUGAAAGAAACGUUCUUGGAGUCCCUCCUUAACACGUGCCAGCAAUGGUAUCAAGAACGUGGUAAGGUCCUCCAGGAGGUCUCGGCCUUUCAUCAUCACUCGGCCUUCAUGACGUUUCUCAACGAAAUGUACUGCCAGCUUAAACGCCGGCAGCUCCAGUUGAAAACACAACAGGAAGGCGUUCCUCCUGGACGGGUCCUUCUCACCCUGCUGUGGAAGUGUUGUCAAGACUGUCUCCAGCCGCCAAUAGUCAAUUCCCUGGCCGAGACCGACUGCCUCUUCUUUAUCCUGACUUGCAUCGGCAAGGAUUUGGACACGGAACUUCCAGCCCAGUUGCAGCAGCUCCUUGGAAGUGUUCGGGACGCUUUUCUCGCCGAACAAACGGUUCUACCUGCUGUAAGAAGAACGCUGCUUCAGCUGAUAGAAUUGCACGCAGCUCAAUGGCAGCUUCCGGCUCCAGCAGUCGUCUACUAUUAUCCUGGUCCUUCGAAAUAGCCUCGAUCGAUCGACGAUCCUUCCGUCUAGCCAUGCUGUCACUUUCCCUCCACGCAGCUUCCUUUUUUCUCUCCACUUCUACGCAUCGUCGAUAAACGAAUAUUAUACACGAAUGAAAAUAAUCGAAAUGAAAACAGAACGAAUAACAAUCUGACGCGAUACGAGGCGGAUUACGCGGACGAUUGUUAUACUAUACAUACACAUAAGGCUAUGUAU